UUUAUCUCACAAAUAGAAAGAUACUGACCGUGUUUUACUUAUUUUUGUGUACUGUGGAAUUAAUUACGACUUCUAACAUGACCUUGCCGACUCCAGCGGAUACUCCGCCUGAGCAAGUUCAUUCGAAAAGCAUAAUAGUAAUACAUCCUGGUUCUCUUAACUUACGAAUAGGUCGGGCUUCAGACUUGAACCCUUUAACUAUACUUCACGCAAUAGCAAGACGUCGCAAACCGGCUGGUCAAAGUUACAUGGAUCAUUUUUUACCAGAACGAAUAGACUUAAAUCAGCCUCAUGACUUUGAGGAAGCAAGACUAGCCGUUUCUCACACUCUCCAGUCUUGCUUGCAAUCAGACGGACGUAGGAGAUAUGCUACACCCCCUCAGCAAAUAGCAGCAUUUAAUCGAAGAUCUCAACCAGAACUCUUGGGUAAUAAUGGUGGAGAGUGGGUAAAACCUGAAGGAGAUCUUGUUAUCGGUAACGAUAUACUUCGUUUAGAUCCAAAGGAGGACUUUAAUACUCAUUUUCCUUACAAAAGAGGAGAUUUUAACAUACAUAGUGGUCCGGGCGGUUCCAUGACAGCAGUUUUGGCAGAUCUUGAGACAAUUUGGACAUAUGUACUUGAAAUUAAUUUUCAAAUCAGUCCAAAGGAUUUAAAAUAUUAUAAAGCAGUAUUAGUUGUACCUGAUGUUUACAAUAGAACUUAUAUGAGAGAGCUUAUGUACUUACUUCUGUGUAAAAUGGGGUUUGGAAGUUGCUUUUUAGUUCAAGAUCACGUAGCUGCGACUUUUGGAUCUGGUUUGAGUUAUGCUUGUGUUGUUGAUGUGGGUGACCAAAAAACAUCAGUUUCGUGUGUUGAGGAUGGUAUCUGUCAUCCAAACACUAGAGUAAGAUUAGAUUAUGGAGGAGGCGAUAUUACACAAAUUUUUUAUUGGCUUUUACAAAAAUGCGCUUUUCCUUAUAAAGAAUGUAGUGAUAAAAAUAAACUGGACACAAUGUUGCUAAGAAAACUAAAAGAAGACUUUUGCCACGUUAAUCUAGAUGUAUGUGGAUCCCAGGAAAAGUCGUUUAUGUUGAAACAACCCGGGAAGCCAGUAUAUCAUUUUACAAUACAAGUUGGUGACGAAUGUAUUGUAGCACCCUUGAGUCUGUUUAGUCCUGAAUUGUUUGGCAUUACGGGUCCUAAAUCUUUACAUACGCAAAAAAUAUCGACAGGAGACCCGGAAGACCCACAUGAUGAGUUGUAUCUGAGAGAUAUAAGGAAGAAAGGUAUGAAAGAGAAUAUGGAACCGUCAGCAUCAGAUCUUCUCAGCGAGGGGUAUUUAGAAAGCCAGCAAAGCAAUGCAAACGACGAUGAUAUAGUGGUUGACGCAAUGGAUCCAGUUGCUCCAGCGUCUGUAAGAGAAUUCGUCACCAAUCCGGGACAGAUACUAGGUUUGGAUCAGGCUGUUUUGCAGAGUAUUGACAGGUGUCCAAACGAGGAUCUCAAGAGAAAAAUGUAUGGUUGUAUUUUAGUGGUUGGAGGAGGUAUGAAAUUUUCCGGCAUAGCCACGUGGCUACAAAAUAGGAUCUCUCUUCAGAUUCCAUACCUGUAUCGUGCCGAACAGCUGGACAUUAUAACAAAUCCUAGAGACAUGGAUUCGGCGAUGGUCGCAUGGAAAGGGGCUUGUAUAAUGUCUUGUCUUGAAACGGCGCAUGAGCUGUGGAUUCAAGCAGGAGAAUGGGAGAAGUAUGGUGUCAGGAUUUUGAGAGAAAGAGCCCCUUUUACUUGGUGAUGGAACAAUGGAUUUUUUUUAUCAUUGUAUAUCGCUAACUUAAAAAGAAGAAGUGAUUAUGAAAGAAGAAAUAAUGUGGAAAUUUGAAAAUGUGAUGUAAAAGUUGGAUUUUAUAGGAUAUUUAUAUGUUGCAUACCUACACAUAUGUAAAAUAUAAGCAUUAAUUUAUGUAACAAAUGUUCUACAAAUUUACGGAGUUUUAUGUUAUUCAUAAAAUUACAGCACACAAUGACUUUUUCAUAAAUAUUAGUUUUGUCCUAAGUGUAUCAAACAUAGCACAAUUCUUAA